AUGGUCACCGACCGUUCCAUUUUAAACUCUCUUAUCAUUCAUCGCUUGCUUCACCAAAACGUUCUUGUUCCUUUUUAUUCUCCCUCAUUCUUCAACCUUUCCCACUUCCUUACAAACAAGUCUUAUCUGCGUACGCCAUCCCUACCUGUUUUUCUAACUAGUGUUAAUUCUUUCCCGUAUUUAUUUAACACGCUCUCGCACCCCAUCUGUAACUUCUGGUCGACCCGGCGGAGACGAAGAAAUGGUGGUAGGCUAAAGUACCUGUUUAGUUCUCAGCUCCGGCACGUCGUCUAUUUUGCCUCCUUCCAGAUCCUCCUCUAUAAUUACGUCUCCUUUGGGGAGGCUUAUCUGAUUGACAACAUCUGCCCUACACCAAAAGUGGGACACUGGAAUUCGAGUAAAGACGGCCGGUGGUUUUCCUGGAGGGUGGAGGAGGAGGAAGUUAUUCAUUUACAAAGCUUGGCUUAG